GGGUGACCUACGAGGAAUGUUUGAUGCUCGUCGAUUUCUACACGGAAGGGAGGCACCCAGAGUGGGUGACUCUGAUGGUUUCGAAAUAUUUAAUCUUCCCUCUCCAGAACCGGGAUGGUGA